AACCUCACAGAUCAACCCACCAACUCUAGCCCAACAGCUUCUGAUUUCCUCCUUACCCACCCACACACGCACCAGGAUAUCUUCCUCAUCUUGUCUAUCACUUUUACAUCACUCUCCAUCUUCAACCUUAUCCUCCACUGAAUUGAUUUCCCCAAAAUCUCAAGCUUCCUCUGUUGAUUUCAUGCCUUUAUCCUCUGCCCCAACAAAUCCUUUACAACUUGAGCUUGUCUCCACCAAGCCCGAUCUCAAUUGUGGUGCUCAUUCUGGUAUCACUUCGAUCGCUGCUCCUUCCUUUCAUGUUGAUUAUGGUGUCAUUGCUAGUUGUCAAACUUAUGGCAUGAUCACUUGUUCCCAAGUGGGCAUAUGAAAGCCGUGGAUUCUUUCUUCUAUGGUUCAUUCAUCUGUGUCUCUACAAGAAUUGAAGACUUUUAGGCAAGCCCAGCAUCAACCCAAAUGGCAAUAGGCUAUGCAUGAUGAAUAUCUAGCACUUCUUUAGAAUAAUACUUGGAUUUUGGU